AUGGAAAAAACAUGGAGGUGUAAUUCCUGCCUAGUGGUUAACUCGGAAGAGGCCACAGAAUGUGCGUGCUGUAUGCAAAAGAGGAGCAACGAGGAUGGUAAGAUAAACGGAAAUUUUAUGAACAAUGGUAACGACAGCGAUCGCGAUAACUUAAUCGAUAUUGAAAAAAAACACAAAAAAAAAAAUGACGACAGCUCCUCUAUUAAUACAGACACAAAUGUUGAAGCACAUGCCACAAAUUCCACAGAGGAUACCAAGCAUAGUGAAAAUGCAAAUGAAGGUAAAGGUGGUAUGUUCGAUGGAGAUGGCUUUAUGCCAUCACUCAAACAAUCCCCUGACAUCCGAUCUUCAAGUAAAAGCAUUUUCAUAACGGGCGUGCCAAAUAGUAAUACCACCACCGCAACGAACGAUACCACAACUGUUACACUUGAAGACACCAAUGGACACAUUAAAGAGAACAGAACAGGGGAGAAUAACGUCACUGGGGAGAAAACCAAAAAGACCAUUGCAAAAGGCAGAGGCAGGAAGAAGGCAGACAAGAGAGAGAGAGCGCCAUCUACGCGAAUACAACCUGCUAGAAAAUGCACACAAAAAAAAAUAUGCUACAAGACAUGA